AUGAUUCUGGGCCGCGUUAUCCGCGCCACUGGCGGCGAGAAGUACUCACUGGUCUCUGUCCACUGGAUUACCAAGAUAUUCCUGGCUGGUGAUUUGGCGAGUCUGGCCCUGCAGGGGGCGGGUGGGGCGAUUAUCUCGCGUGCUGACACCAGGUCAAAAGAGUCGAAUGGCAAGGUAAUCCUUCUUAUUGGCCUUGCCGUGCCGUUGAUCUUCUUUGCCUUCUUCGUCACUGCCGCCCUGAUUUUCCACGUGCGUAUGCUCCGUAACCGCCUCAAAGGCCCCUAA